AUGGGGACAGUGAACGCUGUUCUCACGGUUCUAGCCAUAUUCGCCACUUACUGCAAUUCUUUGUGUCCAGUUCAUCCCAAAUGCUCCUGUAGACCGGCAAAUGGCACAGACGUUGUCUGUACACAGUUCAGUAGAACGAUUCCUCGAUUUUUGGACUCGCCCGUCAACUUUCGACGUCUAAGAUUGUCAAACAAGCGGACUUGUUCAAUCGAAGAGGGCUCCUUCUUGAAUGUGAGUGCCACUGUGUUAAUCAUUAACUAUGUCCAAAUCACAACGUAUGGUUGCGAGGAUUUUGUUGGACUGGAAGCGAAGCUCGUCCAGUUGUUCGUCUCCAGAACUACGCUCAGCUUAAUCCCAAAAUGUGCCAUUGCUAACCUGACAAGGUUGACUAGACUCGAAUUAACGUACAACCAGAUCACUGAUAUCCACACUGAAGAUUUUGAAAGCCUCAAGGAUUUAACAUAUUUAAGUCUUGCCGGGAACAAAAUUACAAAUGUCGAGCCCGGAUGUUUCAGAGGUCUUGACAAAUUAAGCACAUUAGACCUAAGAUUCAACAACAUUGCUCAACUCUCAGAAUUUUCGUUUCAAGGUCUGGUGUUUCUGAAGACGAUAAAUUUGCAAAAUAACAGCAUAGUCAGCCUGCCUCUGAGAAUCUUUGAUACAUCCACGAAGCUAGAAAGUGUACGUCUUGACAACAACGACUUGGAGGCACUUCCGGGUAAUAUUUUUGACCACACUGUUAAUCUGAAAUCUUUUUAUGUUACAAACAAUCGGUUAUCAUCUCUUCCACCUUUGAUAUUCUCCAAAACUACCAGUUUAUAUCAGCUAGACCUCAUUGCAAACAAGUUGAGAGAUAUACCUCUGAAUCUGUUUAACUCAACUCCUGGUAUUCGGAUCAUAUAUUUGUCAGAUAACCAGUUAACAACCUUUAACUUUGAUGUCGUAUCAGGAUUAAAGAGUCUUCAAUAUCUGCACGUUAACAGAAAAAGAAACAGCCCACAGGCUAUAGAUAGCUCCAAGUACGAAUCCUUCAUCAGCCGUCUCUUAAGGAACUCUCCUUCAGUCGUCUCCCUGAAACUUAGAAACAACGGCAUCAAAUCUCUACCGCUGGGAGCUUUCAGUGAAUUGAAGGUGCUUAAUACAUUGGAUCUCAGUCAGAACAACAUCGACGAAAUACCGGAGGGAUUUCUGGCCAACUCCCCCAAGGUAAAGUACCUUAUGCUACAACACAAUCACAUCAAGGAGAUUCCACCAGAUAUCUUCACAGAUUUGGAUUCAGCGCUUUACCAUCUGGACUUGUCUGGUAAUCAACUGUCAUCCACUGCCGGGAAGAGGUUAGUGGGGCAGCUACCGAAACUCACAAGUCUUCGUGAGCUUUUCCUGUCAGAUAUGCCACUACCCUCCCUGUCAGAUAACAUCACAGAACAGCUCGGCCUGAUGAAUAUACUACAUUUACGCAACUGCUCCCUAGACAAGACAACUGAAAUUCGCAAAAUGUUGUCUGCAAAGGAGACCGAUUUUUCGAAGAACAGUCUAAAGACAUUCGGAACAGCCAGUGGACCAGUGAGUAUUACAAUCUCUUACAUGACUUUGAACAUAUCCUAUAACUAUCUUCCAGAGAUUAACAUAUUGUUUUCUCCAGUGCGGUAUAUCAGUAUAGAGCUUUACGCAGACAACAACCAGAUAGAGAAAGUUACGUUAUCUGGCAAUGGCACCACCUUCGUCUACUUCCGACAUUUAAGCCUGGCCCAUAAUUCAAUCAGACGUUCCCUGAAAACAUCACGUUUAAAGGAAUGCACCAUUUUGGAUCUUUCACACAACAGGUUUUCAAACGUUACAGAAUUCCCCUUGAUGGAUCCUUCAAUAUCAACCCCUUGUACAACUUUCCAGGUGAUCACUUUGAACUUUUCUCACAACGUUAUUACCAACAUUUCCCCAAAUGCUUGCCUUGGUCGCGUCACUACUCUUGACCUCAGUUACAAUCAGCUAACAGCACUGCCGUUUUUAAUCCCCGUCUACAAAAGUCUGACCAUAACUCUGAAGAGUCUUUUCUUGAUGGGAAAUAAGCUCUAUUCCUUGUCACCCGAUAUACUCGGAGGACCACGUACUUCACUUCGCACUAUAGAUAUCCGUUUAAACCAGUUUCGUGAAAUUGACAAUUUGAAAGAAAUCAUCACAUCGAGCCCUCUCGCUGAGGUUUACCUGGCCGGGAAUCCACUCAGCUGCAACUGCAGUUUAGCGUGGAUGAGGGCUGAACAGGUCUCUAUGAAGUUUGACAAGGUCCGAUGUCAAACGCCCCCAAAAGCCAGUAUGUUCCUUCUACAGUGUUAUUCUAUGGAGUCUUGUUUUCUGGGCAAAACAUCCUUCCCACCUUCGUCCGCUGAAACACAUACAUUUUGUGACGAAGACAUCGCCUUGGAGAUCUAUAAUCUGACUUGGAGUACGAAUAACGAAAAGAUUGAAAUUCGCUGGAAUACACAGGGACCAGGAGGGGUUCGGGGCAUGAAGCUGACCUACCAUGACACACAGGACUCUAAAAUUGACACACAGAUACUGAUUCACCCUGACCGGAGGUCCGUCGUUAUGGACGAGUUGUUAGAGGGUCGUACCUACAAUGUCUGCAUAGUCGUGGAAAACACACCGGAAUCUUUAUCAGACCCCUCCUGUGUCGUUGUCACAGGCAACAGACGCAAUACAGACGCCUCCUGUGCCGUUGUCACAGGCAACAGACGCAAUACACAACUAAUGAUCAUUGCCCUUGCUGUCUCUCUUGCAGUGUGUGCAGUCGCAUUGUUUGCACUGUUGUUUUGCAUGUUGAUAACGCGAUGCGGUGCAAAAGUGUGUUUUCAAGCAAAUCCUGAACAGCCAACGCAUUGCCCUGUUGAAAAAACUCCAUAUCGUGCAAAUUAUGCCAACGCCAAUUCUGAACAGUUUACGGAAAACGAUUAUGCUUAUGUGAACGAUAGUAACAUGAUAUGAAACAUUCAGGAACCAGUCGAGAAACUACGCCAGGACAAUUUAUGAAGGUAGUAAAGACACGGGAAUGUAUGGUCAAAAUACAAAAAGACUUCUUUUAAUAACACGUUCCUUUAUCUUCUAGAAAGGAAAAUUACUUUAUUUUAUUAUUAUUUCUAAUUUUAUUAUGUUAUUUUUUUUCUCUUGCAGAAUGUCACUUAUUUAUUUGCAUCCAAACACUGUACUUACAUGUGUGUGAAAUUAUGACAAGUAAAUGCAAUUUAGAGUAUGACAUAUGUAAAAAAACUGUUAGUGGAGUGUACACUGUACAGCGACUGAGGAAGAGAUUUUUCUUCGAGUACUUGAAAUAUUUCGUUACAUGCAUUUUGUUUUUAUAAUGUGUAAUGAAUAUCCCACUGUAUCUUUCCUUGCCAUGUUUGCAGUGUAAUUUUACUGAUACUUAUAUCCGACGUAUGCCUAGCGUGUAGUGUAUAACCUAUAGUAUUAUUAUGCAUUUUAGAGUUGCUACGUUUAAAAUUUUGUAUAAUAUGAACAAAUUUAACUUGUGUAGGUCAAACAAACUAAAUUUAUGUUAGUGUAUCCAUGUGGCUCACCUGUGCUAAACAAAAAAAAAUUGGCCACGUCCAUUGUUCAUUUGGUUUUUAAUAAUUAUGACGUUACCCGAGGCGAUAAGCUCUUGUUGUCGAAAGCAAGCUGGUAGAAUAAGAAAUAUAGUACUAUAACUGCCAUGACUUUACAAUAAUAGGCAAAUGUAACAAAUUGAUGUGCAGAGCAUGUCUUGUUGGGUAUCAUUUACGGUUUAUUUUCAAUAGUGCUAAAUGAAUAUAGGCGACAGGUUUAAUAAAUGAAACAAACUAUAUUGCGAACCUUAAUGAAGUUCCGAUUGUAUCAUUUUUAUUUACUUAUGUCAUUGUUGUUUAGCAUCAUAGUAAAGAAUAUUUCGCUUAAUAACGGCGCCGGGUAGACUUCCUCGGGAAAACAGCGCCCCAGCUAGCCAGAUGUGGACUCGAACUCAUGACCCAUGGGUCAAAGCCCAGUUGCCUCCUGUUAAAACGAAUGUUUUAAAUGUAAUCGAGAGUACUUGACCCCAGCCAGUUAUCUGUAUACGGACACGUACACCGGUAAGUCUGGUUGGUUCACCUACAAUGUACGAGCAUUUCGAUAACACCUGCAUAGACUGAUAUGGAAAUGUUCUUUCUGUUACCGAUACAAAACUAAAUUUAGAUGGAUAUACGUAAUAACAUGCCUGUCACACGGGUACAGAGUUCGUCAGAGAAAACAUAUGUGUUUAUGAUUGAUGUGGAUUAUGAGGACUUUGACAUGCGUCUUUAUAUGUCUUUAUUUAUGCAUGCACGUGCGUGUAUGUAUGUAUGUAUAUUUAGGUAUGUCUUUGCAUAUGUUAACCCAUCCAGUGGUUGCUUAUUUUUGUGUAAAUAAUCAUUCUGUAAUACAGAUAAAAGAUCAGUCAGAGAAACAGAGCUCAAGUCAGCAUAAAUGCGAUGAGCGACAAGCGACAUUCAGUAUGUGUACAAUGUCUUCAAUAAAUACAUCCCAAGGUUCUGCCACUUAUCGUGUGCAUGGCUGACCUACAGAAUGUACCCAGGCGUUUGUAUGUGCGUUAUUUUAUUUGGCUAUGUAUUUUUCUAUUCAGAUAAAGACUCAAGAUGUCCAUUACAAAGACGACGUUUUGACCUGUGUAACCUGUCAAUCAAUCCAACCACAGACGUUUUUGCUGUACUGUUCGAUCUUCUUUGACAGUU